AUGUACAAGAAAAAGAAGAAACUCCGUGUUGAGGAAGAAAAAAUUAAAUUAGAUUUAGAUCCAGAUUUGGUAUUAAAAACGCCUGUUGCUACUCCUUUUCGUGUUCCUAUUCCUGGACAUUCUGGAGGAACCCCAAUUAAUAACCAAAAUACUCCCUUAAGUCGAAAUGCCAAACAAACAUGUUUUCAACAAAUGAAACGUUUAAUUGAUUCUGAAGGGGAGAAUGAGUCAGAAGAUGGGGAAAAAUUGAGAAGAAGUUCAAAUGGAAUUGUAGCUAUCUCUGGAAAUAAUGUAGUUAAUACUGGUGGUAUUGAAUGUCUUUCAUCCCUUUCACACGAGGAUAUAAUAAAGAAAUUGCUUUCAAGUGCAUUCAGAGUACCUAUUCGUGGAUAUACAGGUAUGCCAUCAAAUCGUUUCCUUGGAAUGAGAAUGUCUGCAGUAAGGUGUUCUUUACAUGAUCCAUAUGCUGAAGGGGCAUUAGUGCUUUUUACACCACCAGAAUUAUCAGCACACGAACAAAUGAAAAUUGGAGAUACUGAACGUCAAGUCCAUGUAGUUGUCGACCCCCUUCUUUGCACUGUUCUCAGACCCCAUCAACGAGAGGGUGUAAAAUUUAUGUAUGAAUGCGUUACUGGAACUCGAAUAGAAAAUUUUAACGGAUGUAUAAUGGCUGAUGAAAUGGGACUGGGAAAGACGUUGCAAUGUAUUGCUUUGAUGUGGACACUUUUGGUUAAUUAG